AUGGCGACCCAACAGCAGAUCGCUCUCGAGCGACUCGACAAUAUUGUCAGAGACCUCAGAUCACGGACCUCUGACGAUGUUCGAAAGCGGGCGGCUCUCCAGCUCAGAGACCUGGUGCUGGUCUGCCAUCGAGACCUCCCCAUCGAACAGUUCAACAUGAUUUACGGUUCCGUGAACAACAAAAUUACACAACUCAUCUCCCACGGCAAUGAUUCCUCCGAGCGCCUGGGCGGCGUCUACGCCCUCGAUGCCCUUGUCGACGUCGAAGUCUCCGAGCAGUCGACCAAGAUGUUCGCCCGCUUCAACCAAAACCUCAAAACUAUCCUGCGCGGCAAGGACAUCAACCCCAUGCAAGCCGCCGCCAUCGCCCUGGGCAAGAUGUGCCGACCAGGCGGUUCUAUGAUAAGCGAACUGGUCGAGUCCGAAACCCAGAUGGCCCUCGAGUGGCUCCAGAGCGAACGAGUCGAGGAGCGUCGCUACAGCGCCGCCCUCGUGUUGCGCGAAUUGGCGAGACAGGCGCCCACACUCAUGUACAACUACGUCGGUCUGGUCUUGGACCUCAUCUGGAACAGCUUGAGAGACAACCGCCAUCUUAUUCGCGCCACGUCCGCUGAGACCGUCGCCGCCUGCUUCCGCAUCAUUAGGGAGCGCGACCAGGAGCUGAAACAGACAUGGAUGGAGAAGGCUUACGCCGAACUUAUGCGCGGGCUGCAGCACGGCUCCGUCGAGUACAUCCACGCCUCGCUCCUCAUGCUCAAGGAGCUGCUUGAGCAGGGCGGCAUGUUCAUGCAGGACCACUACCCCGAAGCCUGCGAAAUCGUUCUCCGUUACAAGGACCAUCGCGACGUCACCAUCCGCAAGACCGUCGUCCUCCUCAUCCCCGACCUGGCCAGCUACUCUCCCGCAGAGUUCGACCGCAGCUACCUCCACAAGUUCAUGGUUUACCUGUCCGGCAUGCUGAAGAAGGACAAGGAGCGCAAUGACGCCUUCCUGGCUAUCGGUAACAUCGCGAACUCAGUGAAGAGCGCCAUUGCGCCUUACCUUGACGGAGUUAUGACCCACGUCAGAGAAGGUCUCAGUCUGGCAGCUCGCAAGCGCGGUCCCGUCGACGCGGUUUUCGAGUGCAUCAGUCGACUAGCCGUUGCCGUUGGCCAAACGCUGAGCAAGUACAUGGAAGCUCUGCUCGAUCCCAUUUUCGAGUGCGACCUGACGCCAAAGCUGACCCAGGCUCUCGUCGACAUGGCCUUCUACAUCCCUCCCGCCAAGGACACCAUUCAAAACCGAUUGCUGGACAUGCUCAGCAUGGUCUUGUGCGGAGAGCCCUUCAAGCCCCUAGGCGCUCCUCAUCCCAACACCCUCACAGCCGUGCCCGCUGUUCCUAAGGACUCCAAGGAUCCUUUGGCCUACGAGCAUCGCAAGGCGGAGGUCAAACUUGCCCUCAACACUCUCGGCAGCUUCGACUUUACCGGCCAUGUGCUGAAUGAGUUUGUGCGUGACGUCGCUGUCAAGUACGUCGAAGAUGAGGAUCCGGAGACGAGAGAGGCCGCAGCUCUCACCUGCUGCCAGCUUUACGUGCGCGACCCCAUCGUCAACCAGACCAGUUACCACGCUCUCCAGGUUGUUGGCGAUGUCAUUGAGCGACUGCUUACCGUGGGCGUAUCGGAUCCCGAGCCGAAUAUCAGACGGACCGUUCUUGCCGCCCUUGACGAGCGUUUCGACAGACACCUGGCCAAGGCAGAGAACAUCCGCACGUUGUUCUUUGCUCUCAACGAUGAGGUCUUUGCUAUCCGCGAGGUUGCGAUUUCUAUCAUUGGUCGCCUUGCUAGAUACAACCCAGCAUACGUCAUCCCCUCCCUCCGCAAGACCCUUAUCCAGCUCCUCACUGAGCUUGAGUUUUCCGACGUUGCAAGGAACAAGGAGGAAAGCGCAAAGCUACUCAGCCUGUUGGUACAGAAUGCCCAGGGACUGGUCAAGCCUUACGUCGACCCAAUGAUGUCCGUUCUUCUGCCGAAAGCCAACGACGCGAGCGCUUCUGUCGCGGCAACCAUUCUGAGAGCUAUCGGCGAGCUUGCCACUGUCGGUGGCGAGGAGGUUCUUCCAUACAAGGACCGCUUGAUGCCCCUCAUCAUUGCGGCGCUGCAAGACCAGAGCUCGAAUAACAAACGAGAGGCCGCACUUCACGCCCUUGGUCAGCUGGCCAGCAACUCCGGAUACGUCAUUGAACCCUAUCUCGAGUAUCCCCAGCUUCUGGAACUGCUGCAAAGCAUAAUACGCACCGAGGGCCAGCGCGGUCCUCUUCGGCAGGAGACCAUUAAACUAAUGGGUAUCCUGGGUGCCUUGGACCCCUACAAAUACCAGCAGGUCGAACAGCGGCGGCCCGAUGCACAGCGCCGGGUCGAGAGCACACAGAUGACGGAUAUCUCUCUUAUGAUGACAGGUCUCACGCCAUCCAGCAAGGAGUACUUCCCAACUGUGGUCAUCAACGCGCUGCUCCAGAUUCUCAAGGACAACUCUUUGUCCAGCCAUCAUGCGUCCGUCAUCGAGGCGAUCAUGAACAUUUUCCGCACUCUAGGCUUGGAGUGUGUAUCUUUCCUCGACCGAAUCAUCCCCGCCUUCCUCGGUGUGAUUCGGGCUGCUGACAAGAACCGACUUGAUUCCUACUUCAGUCAGCUCGCCACGUUGGUCUCCAUCGUUCGACAGCACAUCCGCAACUUCCUGCCCGAGAUUGUCGAAAUUUGCCAAGAGUUCUGGCAUACGACUAGCACUCUGCAGUCAACGAUCAUGAGCCUGGUCGAAGCCAUCUCGCGCUCUCUAGAAGGCGAGUUCAAGAUCUACCUAGCUGGUCUGUUGCCGCUCAUGCUGGGGGUUCUUGAGAAGGAUGCAACGACAAGACGCCUUCCCUCCGAGAAGGUCCUGCAUGCAUUCUUGGUCUUUGGAUCCAGUGCCGAGGAGUACAUGCAUUUGAUCAUUCCUGUUAUUGUCAGGACUUUUGAGAAGCAAGGCCAGCCACCCGCGCUCCGGAAGCAGGCCAUUGAGACCAUUGGCAAGAUCACAUAUCAGGUCAACCUCAACGACUAUGCGGCCAAGAUCAUUCAUCCUCUUACACGCAUUCUGGCUAGCGGAGACAUGACCCUUCGCGUCGCUGCUUUGGACACCCUGUGCUGUCUUAUUCAGCAGCUCGGCAAGGACUACCUCCACUUUAUGGGAACCGUCAACAAGGUGUUGGCGCUACAUCAGAUCCAGCACCAGAACUACGAGUUGCUCGUGAACAAGCUGCAAAAGGGCGAGGUGCUUCCUCAGGACCUUGGCGCAGGCGACCGUUUCGUCGACCGAAUCGACGACCAGGCGGCAUUUGCUGACCUUGGCGCAAAGAAGUUGGAGAUGAAUGCGAUCCAUCUCAAGCAGGCGUGGGAUACGAAGGGCAAGUCAACCAAGGAGGAUUGGCAGGAAUGGCUUCGUAGAUUCUCCACGACCUUGCUCACCGAGUCGCCCAAUCACGCUCUCCGCGCCUGCGCCGCCCUUGCCAGCUCAUAUCUCCCGCUCGCGCGAGAACUGUUCAACUCCGCCUUUGUCUCUUGCUGGAGUGAGCUCUACGAGCAAUUCCAGGACGAACUGAUUCAGAACAUUGAGAGUGCCAUCAAGUCCGAGAAUGUGCCUCCCGAUCUGCUCGGUCUGCUGCUCAACCUCGCCGAGUUUAUGGAACACGACGACAAGGCUCUGCCCAUCGACAUUAGAGUGCUCGGUCGGGAAGCCGCUCGUUGCCACGCAUAUGCCAAGGCCCUCCACUACAAAGAGUUGGAGUUCUUGCAGGACCAGAGCAGUGGUGCGGUUGAGGCUCUUAUUGUGAUCAACAACCAACUUCAGCAAUCUGAUGCAGCCAUUGGUAUUCUCCGCAAAGCCCAGCUUUACAAGGAGGGUAUCCAACUUAGAGAGACAUGGUUCGAGAAGCUGGAGAGAUGGGAAGAGGCGCUCGCGUUCUACACGAAACGAGAGAUGGAGGUUCCCGAAGACAAGCCUGUGCCCGUCGAUAUCAUCAUGGGCAAGAUGCGUUGUCUACACGCCCUUGGCGAGUGGGAGGCUCUGGCAGGCCUUGCCAGCAACACCUGGGCCAAUUCUUCUCCCGACGUUCAGCGCCUGAUCGCUCCUCUGGCUACCGCUGCGGCAUGGGGUCUCGGAAAGUGGGAUUCAAUGGACAGCUACUUACAGUCCAUGAAGCGCUACUCGACAGACAGAUCCUUCUUCGGCGCCAUUCUUGCGCUGCACCGCAACCAGUUUAGGGAAGCUCUGAAUUGCGUGCAGCAAGCGCGCGAAGGUCUGGAUACCGAAUUGAGUGCCCUCGUCAGCGAAUCGUACAACCGCGCAUACCAAGUCGUCGUCAGAGUGCAGAUGCUGGCCGAACUCGAGGAGCUCAUUGUGUACAAGCAAACAGACGAGAAGAAGAAGGCGACCAUGCGCCGCACAUGGGAGACGAGACUCAAGGGCUGUCAACGCAAUGUCGAGGUCUGGCAAAGGAUGCUUCGCCUUCGUGCGUUGGUUAUUACCCCCGCGGAGAACAUGCACAUGUGGAUCAAAUUCGCCAAUCUUUGUCGCAAGUCUGGUCGCAUGGGACUCGCCGAGAAGUCUCUCAAGCAGCUCAUUGGCGUAGAGGCUCCUCUGGAGACGCUGAUUCCCUACUGGAACGAGCGACCGCAGCAGCCCAAUGUCGGCCUGCCCCGGAACAUCCCUUCGCAGAUCAUCUACGCCAUGCUCAAGUACGAGUGGGAGGUCGGCCAGCAACCUGCUUUCCGCACAUCAGGAAUUUCCGAGAGGACUCUCUACUGCCUGCGCAAGUUUACUAACGAUUCAGCGCAUCGCUAUGAGGCGACAAAGGCCCACCUCACUGCCCAGGCACCCAACGGCAUGGACUUGACCAGCGACUACGGCUUCCCUCACCAGAUCGACCCCAGUCUCAUGAACCCGCAGACUCAAAAGGCGUUGUAUGACCAGACGGUUCUCUUGGCCAAGUGCUACCUCCGCCAAGGCGAGUGGCUGAUUGCCCUGAACAAGGAGAACUGGCAGUAUGAGCACGUCCAGGACAUUCUCACCUCGUACUCUCAGGCGACCAAGUAUAACCCGAGGUGGUACAAGGCAUGGCACGCAUGGGCCCUGGCCAACUUUGAGAUUGUUCAGGCUCUUUCAACUAGAGGCGAAAGGACUGAUCAUAUGGUCAUCGAGCACGUUGUUCCGGCUGUCCGCGGCUUCUUCAAGUCGAUAGCGCUGUCUGCUGGAAGCUCCCUCCAGGACACACUCCGUCUUCUGACUUUGUGGUUCACACAUGGCGCCAGUGCCGACGUUAAUGCCGCCGUCACCGAAGGCUUCACGAAUGUCAGUGUUGAUACAUGGCUGGAGGUCAUUCCUCAGCUUAUCGCCCGUAUCAACCAGCCGACUCGCCGCGUGCAACAGUCGAUCCAUAGUCUCUUGGCGGAUGUUGGUAGAGCCCACCCGCAGGCUCUGGUGUAUCCCUUGACUGUCGCCAUGAAGUCAUCCCAGAACACUCGUCGAUCGCGAUCCGCUGCUCAGAUUAUGGAUAGUAUGCGUCAACACAGCGCCAACCUCGUUUCUCAAGCCGACAUUGUCAGCCACGAACUUAUCAGGGUCGCGGUCCUCUGGCAUGAGCAAUGGCAUGAGGGACUCGAGGAAGCAUCGCGACUUUACUUUGGCGACCACAACAUUGAAGGCAUGUUUGCCACUCUCGAGCCUCUCCACGAUCAGCUUGAGCGGGGACCCGAAACACUGCGCGAGAUUUCUUUCACCCAGGCUUUCGGCAGAGACCUCACUGAAGCACGCGAGUGGUGCAGACAGUACGAGGCCAGCCGAGAUGUCAACGACCUCAACCAAGCUUGGGAUCUCUACUAUCAGGUGUUCCGGCGCAUCUCGCGACAGCUACCCCAGCUUACUACGCUCGAGUUGCCUUACUGUUCGCCGAAGUUGCUUGCCGCCAAGGACCUGGACCUGGCAGUUCCCGGCACCUACCGCAGCGGCCAGCCCAUUGUCCGCAUCAUGGAGUUUGAGGGUACCUUCACGGUUAUUAACAGUAAGCAGCGGCCCCGAAAACUCAACAUCAGUGGCAGUGACGGUGUGUCCUACGCCUUCCUGCUCAAGGGUCACGAGGAUAUCCGCCAGGACGAACGAGUUAUGCAGUUGUUCGGUCUGUGCAACACCUUGUUGGCGAACGACUCCGAGUGCUACAAGCGUCACCUCAACAUCCAGCGGUACCCGGCGAUUCCGCUUUCCCAGAACUCCGGUCUGCUGGGUUGGGUACCUAACAGUGACACCCUCCACGUCCUCAUCCGAGAGUACCGCGAAAGCAGAAAGAUCCUCCUUAAUAUCGAGCAUCGCAUCAUGCUUCAGAUGGCUCCCGACUACGACAAUCUUACCCUUAUGCAGAAGGUUGAGGUCUUUGGUUAUGCGCUUGAUAACACCACCGGCCAAGACUUAUACCGUGUUCUGUGGCUCAAGAGCAAGAGUUCUGAAGCAUGGCUUGAACGUCGUACCAACUACACUCGGUCUCUCGGUGUCAUGUCGAUGGUCGGAUAUAUCCUUGGUCUUGGAGAUCGUCACCCGUCUAACCUUAUGCUGGACCGCGUGACUGGCAAGAUCAUCCACAUCGAUUUCGGUGACUGUUUCGAGGUGGCCAUGAAGCGUGAGAAGUAUCCCGAGAGGGUGCCCUUCCGGCUUACCCGUAUGCUCACCUACGCCAUGGAAGUGAGCAACAUCGAGGGAAGCUUCCGUAUUACCUGCGAGCAUGUCAUGAGGGUCUUGAGAGACAACAAGGACAGCGUCAUGGCUGUCUUGGAGGCGUUCAUCCACGAUCCCCUUCUCACCUGGCGUCUUACGAAUGCUGCAAGCCCAGCGGGACCCAACUUCAGAUCUGAACGCGAACAAUCUCUUGCCGGGCCCCAAGGCGGCCGCGCCCGCCGACCCUCCGUCCUUGAAGCCGACGUUGCACCAUCGGAGCUCCUCGCAGCCGAACCCGGAAUGCCUGGCGGAGGACCGGUCGCGCGCUCUCGUUCCAGAACAAACUCGUCGAUGGCUCAUGAAGGCAGUGUCGUUAACGGUAACAACGGUCAAGACCCCACUGAGAUCCAGAACGCGAGGGCCGUCGAAGUGCUGGACCGUGUCUCACAGAAGUUGACGGGCAAGGAUUUCAAGCCCAAUGAGGAGCUUGAUGUCAUUAACCAGGUCAACAAGCUCAUUACCGAGGCGACGAAACUGGAGAACCUUUGUCAGCAUUACAUAGGAUGGUGCAGCUUCUGGUAG